CAAAUAGGCCUAUUGUGUUUGUUAACUUACACCAACAGCGGUCAUACAUCCUCGAAAAGUCGUUUUAAACAUUCUACGAAAGGUUUAUGACAUUCCAAAAGGACAACAAUUGAUAAUAGUAGAAAGGAAGACUUCCAAGAAAAAUGAAUGUGUUCUUUUUCUGAAAAUGGAUAAAGCUAUUGUGAUACGACAAGAUGAUAAGGAUUACUUCGUUGCAGAUUAUGAAAAUUAUUAAAAGAAAUAAGUUUUAUUGAUGUUUGGCAAAGAAAAUAGUAUCUGAGGACUAUAAAAUAAAAGAGAAAACAAAGUAGAAAUAUUUUUAAUUUAGAUGAUACAUGGAUAAAAUGAGGGAUAUACACAAUAUAAAUUUUGGCAAGCUAAAACUGAAGACAGACUUUUUCAAAAAGUUUAUCUACUGGUUAUGUUAAGUUGAAACUGUAUAAAAGCAAAAAAUUAUGAUUUUCUUAUUUUCCUUACCCGUGUACGGUGGAUAAGGAUUCGUAAUACAUCGUAGUCAAAUCAUGCGUAGUGCAUCAAAGAUCAGAACAUGAUCAGAGCACACUACUGGAACAAACCUAUUACUUGGAUUCUUCAGCAUCUAACGGUUUGUUCACUAUUCCAGAUUGCAAGAAAUGUGAACAAAUUUAGUAGAAGAAAUGCGAGUGUUACAACAGUACACCGUCAACAAACUCAAACUGAAGAAGCAAACAGCGUCAGUAGUAGACUUCCCUUAACUCAUUUGAGUGAAGAUGAAAUUGUUAUGAAAGAAACAGUGGCUCGAUUAGCUCAAGAACAAAUAGCUCCGUACGUGAGGGAAAUGGAAAAUGAAGGAAAGAUCAAAGAUUCAGUUUUGAAAAUGUGUUUCGAUAGCGGGCUUAUGGGAAUCGAAAUAAAUUCCGAUUAUGGAGGAGCUGGAUGUAAUUUCAUGACAGCAAUAAUAACCGUAGAAGAAUUAUCAAAAGUAGACCCUGCCGUUGCUGCUUUAGUAGAUAUCCACAAUACUCUAGUUAACACUGUAUUCAAUAAAUGGGGUAAUCAAGAACAGAAGGAAAAGUAUUUACCAAGAUUAGCUACAGACACGGUUGCAAGUUUCGCUCUAUCAGAACCAUCAUCCGGGUCAGAUGCAUUCGCUUUGAGGACCACCGCCAAGAAAGACGGCUCCGAUUACAUUCUUAAUGGAUCUAAAAUGUGGAUAUCAAAUUCUGACGUCGCUGGAGUUUUUUUAAUCAUGGCUAACGCUAAUCCAUCUGCUGGUUAUAAAGGAAUCACUUGCUUCAUCGUAGAACGUGAUACUCCAGGAUUCAGUGUUGCCAAACCUGAAAAGAAACUCGGUAUUUCAGCAUCUGGAACAUGUAUGUUAAACCUUGACAAUGUAAGAGUACCCGAAUCGGCUAUACUGGGCGAAUUUGGGAAAGGGUAUAAAAUAGCGGCAUCAAUUUUGAAUGAAGGAAGGAUAGGCAUAGCGGCGCAAAUGGUUGGAUUAGCUCAAGGUUGUUUGGAUCACACUAUACCGUAUACUUUGGAAAGACAACAGUUUGGUAAACCAAUAUUUAAUUUCCAGGGUAUGCAAUACCAAAUAGCAGAAGUAGCAACAGAAAUCGAAUGUGCCAGACUCUUGACUUACAACGCCGCUCGUAUGGUGGAAGCUAAAGUUCCUUUCAUGAAAGAAGCAGCUAUGGCUAAAUUCUAUGCGGCUGAUAUCGCACAAAAAGCUACCAUAAGAUGCAUUGAUUGGAUGGGUGGAGUAGGUUUCACUAAAGAUUUUAUACAAGAAAAAUACUACAGGGACGUCAAAAUUGGUAGUAUAUACGAAGGAACUGCUAAUAUGCAGUUAAGCACUAUCGCAAAGUGUAUAGAAAAGGAAUAUAAAAAAUAAUAUUAGAAAUCAUAAAUUAGACUUGUAUCGAGUCGUAUUUUAAAUGAGAUUACAUCUUCUAUAAUUAGGUCUUUGAUAAUUUGAUUUUAAUUUGUAUCAAAUGUUUUGAAAAGAUCAUUAUUUAAAAAUUUGAAUGUUUAAAGCUGUUAAAUGUCCAAAUAAUUUGUUGUUGAGAGUAUCAAUAUCAAAAUAAACGCUAAUUUAAUAAAAAAAUUGAUUAUUCUGUAAGUAACUUUUGAGGUAUUUUUGAAAAACUGUGUAAGUAUUAAGAAAAUAUUAUGAAUUGUUUGAAAAACGUUUCUUUUAGAAUUUACAUUGCAAAAUUUUAUUGUGAUAUUAAUUAUUGAAACUGUACUUUAACAUAAACUGAUGUCAACUGUACAAUUAUCUUUCAGAUUCCUGAAAUACCGUGUACACACAUUGUACUUUUAGAAUUUGGGUACAUUUAAUAAAUUUUUUACUUUUAUUGUUUUUUCUUCAUAAAUACCAAACAAAUAAAAAAAAAUCGUCGUAAGAAGCUUAAAAUAAAGUGGCUGUUUGAGUAUAUACAUACAGGGUUGUGCUGAACCGAUACUUAUUUUAAUGUUUUUCUAAUUUAUUUGUACGAUUUUUAUUCGUUAUAUAAUAAACACUGUCUCUUACGUUA